GAUGCAAUUCAGCAAAUUAUUUAAUUACCGUCCACUUCUACAAAAUGCACGCAAAACUUUUGCAACUUCAUCUUCCCGUCAACAGGAAAUUCGUCGAGUUACUUUAAUUCCAGGGGAUGGAAUUGGGCCAGAGAUUUCUGCUGCUGUUCAACAAAUUUUUGCUGCAGCGAAAACUCCAAUUGAAUGGGAUCCAGUUGAUGUAACUCCUGUACGUGGCAAAGACGGAGUUUAUUCAAUUCCAUCCAAAUGCAUUGAAUUAAUGCAUGUAAACAAAGUUGGAUUAAAAGGUCCUUUAGAAACUCCAAUUGGAAAAGGGCAUCGAUCUUUGAAUUUGGCUGUUCGACGUGAAUUCAAUUUAUUUGCAAAUGUACGUCCAUGUCGUUCUUUACAAGGUCAUAAAACUUUGUAUGAUGAUGUAGAUGUUGUUACAAUUCGUGAAAAUACUGAAGGAGAAUAUUCUGGGAUAGAACACGAGAUAAUUCCUGGUUCAAUUAUUCAAUGCAUUAAAUUAAUAACAGAAGAAGCUUCUCGCCGAAUUGCUCGUUUUUCUUUUGAAUAUGCUCGAAAUAAUGGACGAAAAUUGGUUACUGCUGUGCAUAAAGCUAAUAUUAUGAGAAUGUCGGAUGGUUUAUUUUUAAAAAUGUGUAGAGAGGCAUCUAAAGAUUUUCCAGACAUUCAAUUUAAAGAAGCUUAUUUGGAUACAGUUUGUCUAAAUAUGGUACAAAAUCCAAAUCAAUAUGAUGUUUUGGUAAUGCCAAACCUUUAUGGCGAUAUUCUUUCUGAUUUAUGUGCUGGUUUAAUUGGAGGGCUUGGAGUUACUCCUUCUGGUAAUAUUGGUGAAAAUGUUGCUGUUUUUGAAAGUGUUCACGGAACAGCACCAGACAUUGCCGGUAAAAACAAAGCUAAUCCAACAGCAUUACUUCUUUCGGGUAUAAUGAUGCUUCGUUAUAUGGGUUUAGAAUCAUAUGCAAAUAAAAUUGAAAAGGCUUGUUUCGAUGCAAUUGCAGAGGGAAAUCAAAAAACUGGGGAUUUGGGAGGUAAAGGAACUUGUCAAUCUUUUACUGCAGAUAUUUGUGCAAGAAUAGUUAAUAUGGAUUGA